UAGCAGCCACGCUGGAAUUCAGAUGAGCCAGCAGCACCAGACCAUCCGGGCACUGGAAGAGAAGCAAGCCCAUCUGCAGGCCCAUUGUCACCACCUGGAGGAGGAGACUGGCUUUCUGCAUGCCAGGCUGGAGGCCCAAGGCCUGGCACUGGAGAAUGAGCAGACGCUGGUAACCAGCCAAUUACGCCACAAAGAGGAGCAGGUGGCGACGUUAACAAGCAAGCUGCUGAAGGCAAAGGCUGAGGCACAAGCAGCUGAGCAGAAGGCCCGGCGCUGGGAGGACACCAUCGGGCAGCUGAAGGAUGACCUGGCAGCAUCCCAGGUCUCGCAGGAGGCAGCCGAAUCCAGAGUCCAGCGCAAAGAAGAGCAGCUGCAGGGUUUGCAGAGGAAAAGGCAGUCACUGCACCAGCAGCUGAAGAUGGUGCAGAGCGAGGCGGCCCAGCUGGAGGCGCUGCUGAGCACGUCGCAGCUGGAGUCAUGUUCCCUGAAGAAGGAGCUGCGGAGGAAAGACGAGGAGCUCCAGUGCCUGCAAGAGCAGCUCCGGGAUUCUCGGGAAGCACUGCCGGGUGCUAGACAAGGGAAAGAGGCCAUCCAGAAGGAGUCAGAGACCCAGCUGCUGCAGCGUGACCAGCUGGUGGAGCAGCAGAAAGCGGAUCUUGUGGCAGCCCGAGAGGAGCUCUCCAGGUGCGCAGGGCAGCUCGCAGAGCUGCGCGCAGACCAACAGCAGCAGGCUGGGGAGCUGGCCGUCCUGAGGGAGAGGCAUAAGGCCGCGCAGCAGGAGGUGUGCAGCCGUGACCAGACCAUCGGGAAGCUCAGAGGAGACCUGAAAAGUGCUGAGGAGCAGCUGGUGCGAGCGAAGGAUGAGGGGAAGGAGAGAGCCGCAGAGGGGAGCGGCCUGAAGGGAAAGCUCCACCAGCUGCAAGAUGACAUAAGACGCCUGCAAGAGCUCUGUGGGGAGCGGGAAAAGGCCAUGGCGGAGCAGACCUGCUGCAUCCAGCAGCUCCAGCAUGAGCAGGAGAUCUGCAUCAGCCAGAGCCAGCAGCAGGUGAUGCUAGUGGAGCAGCUGCAGGGGGAGCUCACAACCCGCGAGCGAGCCCACCAGACAGAACUGGAGCAGCUGCGGGCCAAGCUGCAGCACCUUCAGCAGGAGCUGGACGUCUGCAAAGGGAAGAACCAAGAUAAUCUGAGCCACCUGCAGCAGCGGGAGUCCACGAUGGAGAGGCAGAGCUCGCACCUGGAUUUCCUGCUGCAGCAAUGCCAGACACUGAAGGAGGAGGUGUUCUACUACGAAGAGGUGGUGCAGAAGCAGGAGCGGGAGCUCUGCCUGCAGCAGGAGCAGCUCCGAGAGGCACAGGAGCACCUGGCCAUGGCCAAGAGCAAGAGCAGCUCCACCGAGAGCAGCCUGGAUCUGUACAAGAAGAAAUACCAGGCCGCCUUGACCAGAGCUGGCGAGCUGGAGGGCAAGGUGCAGAGCCUGGAGGAGGAGCUCCGGGACAUGAGCAGCCAGAUGUGGGAGUGUGAUGACACCAUCAACCUGUGCAGCAAGCAGCUGGUUCUGCAACAGGAGAUGACAGGCAGGAGGAACCAGACGGCCGUGGAGCAGCUGACCCAAGAACUUCAUGCCACGCAGGAGGAGCUGUCCAGGAGCCUUCAGCACACCCACCAGCAUGAGCAGAGCAUCCAGGCCCUCCGCGAGCAGCUGGCUGCCAGUCAGACCAAGUGCUUGGAAGCUGAAGAGACGCUGGUGCACGUGCAGACGGAGUUUGCCUCCUACACAGCCACUCACAGUCACUCCAACGCCAGCUAUGAGCGCCAAACCACCAUGGCAGAGACCCUCCAGCAGCAGCUGAGCCACGCCGACGAGGCCCGCGCCAAGCACAGCCAGCGGGCCGAGGAGUACCAGGGCCUGGUGCAGGACUUGAAGCUGGAGCUGGUGCGAGUGGCUGAGCAGAAGAACAGCAGCAUGAAAGCCCUCGGGACACUGGAGCUGGAGGUGCAGAGCUUGAGGCAGGACACAGCUGCUGAGGUGGAGCAGAAGCAGCUGGAGGUGGCCAAGCUGCAGCAGCUGAUCCAGCAAAUGGAGUGCAAGCUCCGGGAGAGCCGCCGGCUGUGUGCGCAGAAGGAGCAGAUCAUGCAGAGGAGGGAUGACCAGCUCCGCCAGGCACAGGCCGCCAUGCGGCAGGCUCGUGGUGCCCUGCAGGAGAAGGGGCUGGAGCUGGAGAAGCAGCGCGCAGAGGCCAGGAGCCUGGCCGCACGCCUGCAGCAGGCCCAGCAGGAGAGGGAGCAGAGCCAGGCGACCAGCGACAGCCUGCAGGAGGAGAGCCAGCUGCUGAGACAGAGCCUGCAGGACAGCCAGCGGCAGCAGCAAGCGGCUGCUCAGGAGCUGGUGCAGCAGGAGGAGCGGCUGCUGCUGGCCCAGAGCAGCCUGCAGAGCACGCAGGAGCAGCUGAGCGAGCGCAUGGCCGAGGUUGUCCGGCUGGAGCAGGCCAGCCGCAGGCUGGAGGGGGAGCGGCAGGUGCUGCAGGAGCAGCUGUCCAGGAGCACGGAUGAGGUGGAGCAGAGCAGGAAGCUGCUGGAGCGCCUGACGGCGGAGCUGGGCCAGUGGAAGCAGAGGCACCAGGUGGCCGUGCAGCAGGGGCUGCAACAUCAGCACUCAAUGGCCAAGAUGGAGCUGAAACUGGGGAGCAGCCAGGAGCAGGCGAAAGCCCUGCAGCAGCAGCUCCAGGAGCAGGAAUCCACCCAGCGGGCACUGCGGGAGGAGCUGAGCCAGCUGCAGGGCCGGGCCGAAGAGCUCCAGCGGCAGCUGCAGGGAGCCCAGGAGAGGGAACGCGUGCUGGCCAGCGAGCGCGAGGAGCUGCAGCGAGAGCUCCACAGCAGCGAGCAAGCGGCCACACUCCAGGAGUCGGCCUUGGCCCAGCUGCAGGCGGAGCUGGGAGCAGCUCAGGCCAGACAGCGGCAAAGCACCCGCAUGCUGACUGCAGCGGAGGAGACCAUCCAGGCCCUGACGCUGAGAACUGCCUCCUGUCAAGAGACGCAGAGGGAGGCGCUGGAGAAGCUCAGUGAGACGGCGCAGGACGUGGCGGCCCUGCGGGCGGAGCUGGUGCGGGGACAGGCCAGGGAAGCCCAGCUGGAGGAGCAGACAGCAGCCUGUGAGGAGCGGAUGAGGCAGCUCAACGGGGAGCUGAAGAAGCUGCAGGGUUUCCAGCAGCAGAGCGAGCAGGAGGCCCGGUCCUUCGCGGAGCAGCUGGGGGAGCGGCGCGGCCAAGCACAGCACUGGCAGAGGCGGUCCCAGGAGACCGCGCAGGCCCUGGCGCAGCGGGAUGAGGACCUGGUCGUGAUCAAGGUGGAACUGGCCUCCUUGAAAGAAAAGCUCCAUGGUGCCGCUGAAGAGAGAGACCGCUUGCAGCAGGAGCUCAAUGUCUUAAGGCAGAAGUUCGUGGCCUCCAGCAGUGAGGCAGAGGCGCUGCGCUCCUCCCUCGGGGCUGCGCGCUCAGACAGCCGCCGGCUGCACCAUGAGAGCGAGCUGGUGCUGGCCAACGUCAGCCAGUGGGUGAAGGAGCAAAAGCAAGCAAAUGACAAACUGGGGCACAAGAUCCGGGAACAGAUCAAGCACAUCGCGCAGCUGACAGGCGAGAAGGACCACCUGCAGGAGGUGCUGGCGAGGCUGCAGCAGGAGAACAGGCACCUGAAAGGCGAAGUGGCCGAGCGGCGCAUUGAGUGUGAGCGGCUGAAGGCUCUGCAGGGCAGCAGCUUAGACACACGGGCUGUGCUUCGGCAGCCAUGGCCCCUGCUCCUGGGCGAGGAGUGAGGUCCCUCCCUCUUCCAGCCUGGCGCCUGCACGAUGGACCCAGCAAGGACUGUACACGGGGCAGACACGUCCUCUGCACCUACCUCAGCUACGCGCUGCGGGCCCCGGGCCCAGCCUGCACUGUGAAAUAAAGCCACGGGCACAGGCUGUCACCCA